AUGGAUACACGUAGAUGGUCACUGUCGACUUGCGGUGAAUGCGAUUUUGUUUUGGAACCACCCCGACGCCCUGGAAAAGAACUAGAACGUCAGAAGCCUUGCUUAGGCAUAGACAAACUAAUACAAGAAGAAAGAGAAAAUCAAGAGUGGAAUGUCGCUUUUCAAAAGGCUUUAGUAAAGAGAUUGGAGGCUUCCGAAAGGAGACUCACGCUUGAUGAUUAUUUGGACGACGAUGAUGAUGAUGGUUCACCUAGCAGCCGAGGAGGACGAAAACGAAAGAGAAAGAAGGAAGCUCAUACUUCUGCUAAACCUGCAGUAAAAAGUGAACAAGUUGCGGCUGGAUUCCCUGAAGCUCAAGAUGUAUUCAAAGAGAAAAAAUGCAGGUGCUCAGGAAAAAUAAGAAUAGAAGAACGAAAACGAAAAACAUUUGUAAAGAUAAUGGAAAGAGAACAAAGGAGAUUUGAAAGACGAAGUAUAAGAGCUCAAAAGAAAUACGAAAAAGAUCGACAGAAAGCAUACAAAAAAUGUGAGAAUACGCAACUCGCCAUGGAAAGGGGAUACCUUAAAAGAAACAAAGAUGGUGUUGUGGAUAAAGCUGAAGAGACUUUUAGCGUGUUCAUACAUAUGGAUCCAGCUGAAUGCGGUUGCCAUGCACGAGACAGAUGUGCUACAAAAUGCAAGAAAUGUUUCUUUGUGUUCUGCGUCUGGUUCUAUAUUAUCGGAUUCAUCAUCUUCGCCAUUGUUACCUACGUCCUAACAUGGCUUUAGCCUGAAGUGUGCCAGAAGCCAAGUGAUGUCAA